GAAUUAUUUAGUCGAUAAUUUGAGCCCUUUAUAUCACUCUUUUAGUAGCAAAGGUUGGAAAAUUGUUUUUUCACAUUUUUGCUUGUUGACAAAGAUAAUCUAUUUUUUUCAAUACAAGGUUUGAUGGCUUUUGGCUCUAAUCACAGAGUAAUUUUUUUCUGUUUUAGGUGACAAAAUGCUGCAGUGUCUAUAUGUUUAGACACUAUUUUAUAGGCUGCAAUUAUUUGUAUUUUACUGCAGCUGUGAGCUGCCCAUAUUCUUAUGCUGCUUCUGCACACACACACAUACACUAAUUUUUAUGGCAUGCAUGUUAUAAGUAGUGCACUUCUUUGUAGAUCUGAAUUUCACUCACUCUGACACUGCCAUUUUCAAGAGUUUGUUGGUUUUAAGGUCUCUCUCUCUCACACACACACUUGGUCUUGAUUGGCUUUUUUCUUGGUUUUAUGUUUGUGAGAUUUUGUUGAGUUGAUUGAUGUGAAAUAGCUUAAUUGGUGCUUACAUUCUCAAAUCUGAAGUUGUGUUUGUCAAGAAUUGAGAAAAAAAAUGAGAUCCAUAGAGGAAAAAGGGUGUGUGAACAGCUGCCCCAUAGAAGAUAAUGCAGGUGGCAGCAGUUGUAUGAUCUUUGAUUUCAAGAAGGGCGGCGGCGCGGUGAGCCGGCCAUCGCCGCACCACCGCUCUUCAUUGGGGAAGCCGACGCCUUCGAAAUGGGACGAUGCUCAAAAAUGGCUUGUCAAUCUGUCUAGAGGUGAGAGGAAUCAAGCCAAGGCCUCGCCCCGCGACUCGAAUGCCGAUGACCGGCAUUUGAUCGCCUCCGCGUCUCGGAAGGAGUGGGCGGCCGAGGCCGAAGACGGGGCCGGGGAUGGAGGGGAUAAGUAUAAGAAUGUUGAGUGUGAUGAGUCAGUGUGGAGAGAAGGGGGUAAGGGAGAGAGUAGCCCUAAAUCAGUGGUGAGAGCUAUAUGUUUGAGGGAUAUGGGGACUGAGAUGACCCCAAUUGGGAGUAAAGAGCCCUCUCGGGCGGCUACUCCUAUUAGGGCUAGUAGUCCAACUGUGUCGGGCUCAUCUAGCCCUGUGAUUCGUAACACUGGUCGAGAUACUGGUCCCAGCCCGGCUCCGAGGAUAGAGGAACCGGUCAGGGACAGUGGCUCGACCGGUCAUUUGAGUAAUGGUGUGAAGGUAGAUGAGAUUAAGGUCGAUGACAAUUCUAGGGCGUUGAAUCCCUUGGAAGCUCGGGCUGCGGCUUGGGAGGAGGCCGAACGGGCCAAGUACACGGCAAGGUACAAACGUGAAGAGAUGAGGAUUGAAGCAUGGGAAAAUCAUCAGAAAAAGAAGGCUGAGGUGGAGAAUCGGAAAGCAGAGGUUAAAGCGGAGCAGCUGAAAAGCCGUGCAAAAGAAAAGUUGAAUCAGAAAAUAGCAAGUACGCGAAGAGUAGCCGAGGAGAGACGCGCAGCCGCAGAAGCUAAACUCAAUGAGAAUGCGAUGAAGACUUCGGAGAGAGGAGAUUAUAUAAGAAGAAAUGGCCAUCUUCCCUCUUCUUUCUCAUUUUACUUCUCCUCUUGUGGUUGGUAGCAACCAAUUUUCACUUGUAAUUAUACUUGUUUAUAUAUUUAAUAUCAGUAAUGCACUCAAUUCGAUUUAUUCAAAGUAUGAUCAUUGUCACA